GCGAGGAUAAAUCAAAGAGGUCGGAGCCAUGGAAAUGGGGUCUUCCACCGGCCACGGCGGCAGGGAGCGCCCCGGCAACAUUACUACCGAUUUCUGCUAUGUCGAUAUGGCGCUGCACUCCACCGGCAUUUGGGGCUCCCACGACAACACAAACCUACUCGACUUCGCUCUCCCCCGCCUCCAGCUUCAGCUCGCCAUCAUUUUCUUCAUCACCCAAUCCCUUCAUCUCUUCCUCCGUCGCUUCCAUUUGCCUCGCCUUGUCUCCGAAAUCCUCGCUGGAAUUAUACUUGGGCCUACUAUUCUAGGACAGUUUCCAAAUGUGGAGAAAGCAUUGUUCCCACCAAAAGGAGAUGUUUACUUGGACUUACUCUCCAAAAUUGGCUACAUAUUUUUCAUAUUCCUUAGUGGUGUGAAGAUGGAUCCCAGGACUGUGCUGAGGACCGGUAUCAAAGCGUGGACUAUCGGCGUUCUUGCUGUCACACUUCCACUCGGCGGUAGCUUGAUGAUGACCGUGCUACAACAAACCGAAAUCCACAAGUAUCGAAUCCCGGCUUACAAAAACACUAUCUCCAUUCAGAAUUUAUUCCCCUUUCCUGUCAUUGCAACCAUGCUUGUUGAUCUCAAAAUCAUGAACUCUGAGCUUGGCCGUCUUGCCCUGGCUUCGGCUCUGAUUAGUGACUUGGUUAGCAACCUCUCGUCGACCGUGAUCACCUAUGGCAGAGUCGGAAUCAUGAGCUUUGCAAAUGUCAUCAUGGUCCACUCUACUUUCUUGACCGUCUGCCUAAUUCUGUUCAUCUUCUGCGUGGGGCGUCCGCUCAGCCUUUGGAUCAUCAAGAAUACACCUGAAGGGAAACCAGUUAAUAGAUUUCAUGUCAUCCUCAUGUCUUUCAUGGUGUUGAUCGUGGUGUUGCUUACUGAUAACGUCGGCCUCAACUAUCAGUAUGGCCCCUUUUUGCUCGGGUUAGCAGUGCCAGAUGGCCCGCCUUUGGGGGCCACGAUGGUGAACAGGCUGGAGACGUUAGUUUCGGGCUUGUUGGCACCGCUUUUGGUCACUUAUUGCGGGAUGAAUGUGAAUCUCGUUGAGGUUUUCGAUCUACAAUUCGUUAGCCUAGUCUGGUCUGUUGUUGGAUUCUGUUUGGCAAUGAAGCUAGUGUCUGUUUUCGUGCCGGCCAUCAUUUGUAAAGUGCCUUUUAAAGAUGCUGUUGCUCUUGCCUUCAUCAUGAGUGCUCAAGGAGUUGUUCAAAUGUCCUUUUACUACUACAAUUAUGUUAACCAGACAUUUGAUGGAGAAACCUUCUCUAUGCUGACUACAUCAGUCCUGAUACAAUCCGCUCUGUCGAGUCUGGUGGUGAAGUCUCUCUACGACUACUCAAGACUGUAUACUGGUUACCAGAAACGAGACAUCCAACACACAUCAAUCAACUCCGAGCUGCGUGUCCUCGCCUGCGCGCAUCGCGUGGACGACGCAUUAGCGAUCCGGAAAGUCGUUGAAGUUUCAUUCCCGAGCAAAGAAAGCCCCAUCGCUCUGUACGCUCUCCACAUGGUGGAGCUCGCCGGCCGAGCCCACCCGCAGCUAAUCGACCACCAACUAGGCCAAAAAUCAUCCAACAGCACAUCCCGCACGCAGAAAAUGAUCGACAUCCUCUCCUCGCUCGAGCACCAAUACUCAGGCGUCGCAACCGUUCAGCAAUUCACCGCGAUGUCGUUAACAAAGUUCAUGCACCACGACAUCUGCACCGUCGCAUUCAACAAACUGGCUUCGUUGAUAAUUCUCCCAUUCCACAGGAAAUGGAACCACCAGGCAGCGCCGGUCCUCAGCUUCCAAAGACCCGGGGCGAGACUAAAAGUUGAGGCCCUAUUUAUAUAUUUUUUCCUUCCAUUUUAUAAUAAGUUUCAUCCAACAAAAAACUAA